GAGAAGAAAGAUGGCGAACACGGGAGUGUUGCCGUUCGUCAGAGGAGUCGAUUUCACGAAUAAUGACUUCAGCGAUGGAAAAUUUCCAACCACCGUGAAGCUCAUGACUGGCGUCCAGUGGCUUAAAUUGGACAAAACAAAUCUGUCAACUGUUCCUGAAGAAAUGGGGAAACUUGUGAAACUUGAAAAUCUGUCGAUGAAAGGAAACAACCUGGACCGUCUGUACGGCGAGUUGACAGACCUGAACUGCCUGCGGAGUUUGAAUUUGCGACGGAACAAGGUGAAGACCUCGGGCGUGCCUGCGGAGCUCUUCAAGCUGGAGGAACUGACCACCCUGGACCUGAGCCACAACAACCUGAGGGAGGUUCCUGCCGGCAUGGAAACGGCCAGGUCGCUGCUGGUGCUCAACCUGAGCCACAACAGCAUUGCUGGCGUGCCGAGCGCCCUCUUCAUGCACCUGACCGACCUGCUCUUCCUGGACCUGAGCCACAACCAGCUGGAAACGCUGCCCCCGCAAACCAGAAGACUGGCCAACCUGCAGACGUUGAUCCUGAGCCACAACCCCCUUGGCCACUUCCAGCUCAGGCAACUGCCCUCGCUGCAGUCGCUGGCGGUUUUGCACAUGCGGGCGACGCAGAGGACCCUGAACAACAUUCCGGCCAGCCUCGAAGCCCUGACAAGUUUGGUGGAACUGGAUCUUGCCCAAAACGACCUUCCGAGAGUGCCCGACGCCUUGUUCACUCUGCCCAAUCUGAAAAGACUCAACUUGGCCAACAACAAACUCACCGACAUGCCCCAGAACAUGGAGGUUUGGCAGAAUCUGGAGAACCUGAACCUGUGCAGAAACGAGCUGACCGCGUUGCCGGCCGCCCUGUGCAAACUGAACGCACUCCGACGUCUCUACGUCAACAACAACCAGCUCGACUUCGAGGGCAUUCCGUCCGGCAUGGGCAAGCUGGGCGCCCUGGAAGUUUUCUCGGCCGCAAACAACAAGCUGGAAAUGGUUCCUGAAGGUCUCUUCAGGUGCGGUUCGUUGAAAAAACUCAUCCUGGCCAACAACCGUCUGGUCACGCUGCCCGAGGCCGUGCACCUGACCGAGUUGGAGGAACUGGACCUGAGGAACAACCCUGACUUGGUGAUGCCGCCCAAGCCGGGAGAAAUGAAUGCGGUCGGCCAGAGAGGGGCGGGCAUCGAGUUUUACAACAUCGACUUCAGUCUGCAGCACCAGUUGAGACUGGCGGGGGCGGCGCCACCCUCUCCGGCAUCAAAUUCCGGCUCAACUCCGGUCAAAGAUCCCAUUGCCAGGAAAAUGAGACUGCGCAGAGGGCGAAGAGACCAGCAGGAAGAGGCCGACCAAGACCAAGCCAAAAUUCUCAAGGGAAUGAAAGACAUUGCCAAGGAGAAGAACAGGCAGAAAUCGCCCGAGGAAAUAAAAGUGGAACAUUUAAAGCCAAAGCGCUGGGACGAAACUUUGGAAAAACCGCCGUUGGACUUGUCCGAGUUCUUCGACGAAGACACCGGCCAAUACCCAGGACUGUCCGUGUGGGAAAUUGAAAAUUUCCUGCCCAAUCAAAUCGAGGAAGUUGCGCACGGAAAGUUCUACGAGGGAGACUGCUACAUUGUUCUGCAGACCUUUUUGGACCCCCAGGGUUCUCUCGACUGGAACAUUUACUUCUGGAUUGGCUCGAAAGCCACUCUGGACAAGAGGGCGUGCGCGGCAAUCCACGCAGUGCACCUGAGGAACUUCCUGGGGGCGCAGUGUCGCACAAUCCGAGAGGAGCAGGCCGAGGAGUCGGACGAGUUCAUGUAUCUGUUCACUUGCGACAUUGCUUACAUCGAAGGCGGCCGCACCGCCAGUGGCUUUUACACCGUUGAAGAAAAUGUGUUCGCCAACCGCAUGUACAGAGUCCAUCCGUCCGGAGCGUCCAUCCACCUGGAGCCUGUGGCUUGCGAAGUGGAGUCGCUGGACCCGAGAUUUGUGUUUGUGGUCGACAGUGGGUCUAAAAUUUACCUCUGGCAGGGACGCAAGUCCAAAAACACACUGAAAUCCAAAUCGAGACUGCUGACUGAAAAAAUCAACAAGAACGAGAGGAAAAACAAGUCUGAAAUCAUCAACGAAACUCCCGGCGACGAGAGCAGCGAGUUUUGGCGAGUUCUCGGGGACGAGGUUGGAUUUGCGCCGGAAGACCCUCCAGAAGAACACGUGCCGGAGGACUUCACGGUGCCGACGCCCAGGUUGUACCAAGUGUGCCUGGGCAUGGGCUACCUGGAGUUGCCCCAGGUCGAGAUCCCCCACCAGAAACUGGUCAGUUCUCUUCUGAGCAGCAAGAACGUUUACAUCCUCGACUGCUUCCUCGACGUCUUUGUUUGGUUUGGCAAGAAGUCGACGAGACUGGUGAGGGCGGCCGCCGUGAAACUGUCCUCGGAGCUUUUCACCAUGAUCGACCGACCCGAGUACGCGAUGAUUUCCAGAGUGCAGGAGGGCACCGAGUCUCAGAUUUUCAAGCUGAAGUUCAGCGGGUGGGACGAGGUGAUCGCGGUCGACUUCACUAGGACGGCCGAGUCCGUGCAGAGGACGGGCGCGGACCUGACCAAGUGGGCCAGGCAACAGGAGACCAAGGCCGACCUUGCUGCCCUCUUCAUGCCCAGGCAGACGCCCAUGAACGUGGAGGAGGCGCAGCAGCUGAUCGAGGAGUGGAACGAGGACCUCGAGGCCAUGGAGCCGUUUGUCCUCGAAGGCAGGAAGUUCGUCCGGCUGCCCGACGAGGAACUUGGACACUUUUACAGUCAGGACUGUUACGUGUUCCUGUGUCGAUACUGGGUGCCCCUGGACGUGCCCGAGGGAGAGGAGGAAAAUCCCAACGAGCCGGUCGAAGACGAUUUCCAGUGCAUCGUCUACUUCUGGCAAGGAAGGGACGCCGGCAACAUGGGCUGGCUCACUUUCACUUUCAGCUUGCAGAAAAAAUUCAAAGCCCUGUUCGGGGAAAAGCUGGAGGUGGUGCGCACACAUCAGCAGCAAGAAAACCCCAAGUUUUUGUCGCACUUCCGCCGCAAGUUCGUGAUCCACUCGGGGAAGCGGAGGAAGGUGAAGGCGGUCGCGUCCGACGGGGACACCUCGACCGAGCACGAGGCCCAGCAGCAGGCGGCCGCCGUCGAAUUCUUCCAGUUGCGCUCCAACGGCAGCGUUCUCUGCACAAGGUGCAUCCAGGUCAGACCUGACGCAGCCACCCUGAACUCGGCCUUCUGCUACAUUUUGAAAGUGCCUUUUGACCAAGAGGACGCCAACGGGAUCAUUUACGUGUGGAUCGGGGCAAAAUCCGAUCCGGACGAGGCCAGAUUGGUCGAGGAAAUCGCCAGGGGCAUGUACGACAUCGAAAAGUACAGCCUGCAAAUUCUGAAUGAAGGUGAGGAGCCGGACAACUUCUUCUGGGUCGGCCUCGGAGGCAAAAAGCCGUACGAAGACAACGCCGACUUCCUCAAGUACACGAGGCUCUUCCGAUGCUCCAACGAAAAAGGCUACUUCGUGGUCUCUGAAAAGUGUUCCGAUUUCUGCCAGGAGGACUUGGCCGACGACGACAUCAUGAUUCUGGACAACGGCGACCAAGUUUUCCUCUGGCUGGGUGCAAAGUGCAGUGAAGUGGAAAUCAAGUUGGCCUACAAGUCGGCCCAGGUGUACAUUCAACACAUGCGAGUGAAGCAGCCGGAAAUCCCGAGGAAACUGUUCCUCACCCUCAAGAACAAGGAGUCAAAGCGAUUCACCAAGUGCUUCCACGGCUGGGGUGCUCACAAGAGACCACCAGAAUAAAACGCCUUCUAUUUCCAAUGCGUAUCUCUUCCUUCUAAGUUUUUAUCUUUCUAUUAGGAAAAUUGCUCAUUUUUUUCUUCUUCGAUUCUUUGUGCUUUGAGCUAGUCCUGCUUAUUUGUAAGUUAACCGUCCAGCACUGGAAAUUUUUAUGCACAAACUGUUCUCAGAAGUUCAAUAACAUGUGCAAUAACAAUGAUGUGGAAUAAAUUUAAUUAAUAUAUAUAUAUGUAAUUGCCAUAUUUGCUACUUAUUUAUACAAAAUAAACUGAAAAUUCUACGAAAUGAUUUUU